UUACCAAAGCGCUUGUCUCAUCUCUAAAAACACUCUAAUAGUUAAACAUGGUGGUUAACCAGAACAUAUCCGGUCUUGCAGCUGCUAUGAACGCCAAGAUCGUCGGGUCUGGUGAGAGGUCGAUGGUCUUGGCACACGGGUUUGGAGGCGAUCAGUCGGUUUGGGACAAGAUAAUACCGGUUUUGUCCCAGUCUUUUAGAGUUUUGGUCUUUGACUGGCUUUUCUCUGGAGCUAUCAAAGACCAAACUCUUUACGACCCUUCAAAGUAUAACUCCUUGGACGCCUUCUCUGACGAUCUUAUUGCUCUUAUGGAGGAGCUGAAGUUUGGCCCUGUUGUGUUCGUAGGCCAUUCCAUGUCGGGCAUGAUCGGUUGUGCUGCUUCUGUUAAAAGGCCCGACUUGUUUACAAAUCUUCUCCUUGUCGCUGCUUCUCCCAGGUAUAUAAACAGUGAAGAUUACAAAGGAGGGUUUGAGUCAAAAGAUAUUGACGCGAUCAUCACCAACAUUGGUUCAAACUACGAGGCUUGGGCUGUUGCUUUCUCCUCCGUAGUGGUUGACUCGAGAGACUCUCUCUCGGUUCAAAGAUUCGAGAAGUGCCUUAAGAAGAUGAAUCCUGAGACGGCUCUUGCCUUAGCUAAGAUAGUGUUUGGCAGCGACGAGAGAGAGCUAUUGGGGCAAGUGUCAGUGCCUUGCCAUGUCAUACAGCCAGGAAACGACGUCGUUGUACCUGUCUCCGUCGCUUACUUCAUGCAGGAGAAGAUCAAAGGGAAAUCAACGGUGGAGAUCAUGGAGGACGCGAUAGGGCAUUUCCCACAAAUGACGUCUCAUAUGGAGCUGCUUGGCGUCAUGAGGCGCCUCCUCGAGUUUUGAGGUAAAAAGAAAAGAGAGCUUUGCGUUCGUUCCAUCGAUCGAUAUUCUUCUUGUCUAUAGACUAUAAUAGUGUAUUACUAAUAUAAUGGAGUUCCAUUAUAUUAGUAUUCAUAUAUAUGUUUGUGUAAUGUCAAUGUCCUUUCCAUUAUUAGUUGAAAAGAUAAAUGGAGUGAAAGUGGUAGGUUUGUAUACUAUCAUCGAUAAUUUAAAACCUUAUAGUUAA